CCAGCUCUUCCACCCCCGGAAACAGAGCUUGGCAGUCCGGGCUGGCGUGCGCUCCGCCGGGGCGAGCGGCUCCAACUGCUGCCAGCGGGUCGUGUGCCUGUCCCCUCGGGCCAUGGAGGGGGACGGCCCCGCCGCCACGGUCCCGCAGUACCAGCCGGCCUGCCCUACGCGCGACGCGUGUGUCUACAGCAGCUGCUACUGUGAGGAAAACAUUUGGAAACUCUGUGAAUACAUCAAAACUCAUGACCAGUAUCCCUUGGAAGAGUGUUCUGCUGUCUUCAUAUCAAAUGAGAAGAAGAUGGUACCUAUUUGGAAGCAGCAGGCAAGACCUGGGAAUGGACCUGUGAUCUGGGACUAUCACGUGGUUCUGCUUCAUGUGCCGAGUGAAGGACAGAGCUUCAUUUAUGACCUGGAUUCUAUUUUGCCAUUUCCCUGCCCUUUCGACAUUUACGUAGAGGAUGCCCUGAAGUCUGACGAUGACAUUCAUCCACAGUUUAGGAGGAAAUUCAGAGUGGUCCGUGCCGAUUCCUACUUGAAGAACUUUGCUUCUGACCGCUCACACAUGAAAGACUCCAGUGGGAACUGGAGAGAGCCUCCUCCAGCCUACCCCUGCAUUGAAACUGGCGGUGAGCCAAGGCCGUCCUUUCCGGGCCUCUGCCUGGUGCCUGCUCAGAUCUGCGGUCCCCUUGUCCCCAGGUGACUCCAAAAUGAACCUGAACGACUUCAUCAGCAUGGACCCUGAAGUAGGAUGGGGAUCUGUCUACACGCUGUCUGAGUUUGUUCACCGGUUCAGCAGUAAAAACUGCUCGGCUUGAUGCUAGAAUGGAGAACUGAAGAAGUUCUAGGAGAUGAACAGGUCACCCUUCCACGUAAGGGAGCAGCCUGGUGCAGGUGCUUUGGAGGUAGUUUUUCCCCAUUAAAUUUGAGUGGAAACACUAAUGAACACCAAUAUGAAUGAAUGUCCCCUCCCCCUCUUUUUUAGCUUGGGAAUCUAUCCACAAGUUCUAUCUCCAGCCCUAAGUCAGUCAGUCCCCAGCCUUAGACACAAACAAGUCAAAUAAAAGCUUUCCUAUUGAUAUGCCACAGGUGGUAUAUAGUUGCUAAGAUAUUCCCAUGGCUUAUUUGUUUAGACGUUUGGUGACCUAGGCCAGCAAUUGCUUUCAUCAAACUACAAGUGUGGACUUGGGGCUAGCCCCUUUGGCCUGCUCUCUCUGCUUCCUGUCCUCUAGACUCUAAACUCUUUGGGCACAGGAUUGUGGCCUGUGGCUCCAGAAUCUCCGUCACCCAUUAGAGGUACCUGUAAAAUGUUCCAGAGACAGCUCUGCUGCUCGGAAAGGACGUAUUGUGAGCUGAAUCAGCUAUAAGUAUUAGUCUUUUUGGACUAUGAUGUUUAGCAAAGCUACAGAUAAUGUUGACUGCGUGCUUAUUUGGUCCAUGUAUGUGCAUAGUUUUAAAUAAAACUGACUUAAAUUUA